AUUUUACUGAAGUGAAAGUAAACUAAAGCAGGGAAUUGUACAUGGAAACAAAGUCUGCUGCUCGUCACAAGGCUAACAACAACACAGCAGCACAGUGUCCAACAUUCAACAAGAAAACAGGAAAACUCCCACACAGACAUGGCGUCCCUUAGCAGUCUCUUGUCUGAAGAGCAGAUACAGUGCUCUAUCUGUCUGGAUGUGUUCACUGAGCCAGUCACUACUCCUUGUGGUCACAACUUCUGCAAGGCCUGUAUCAGUGGAUACUGGAAUAAGCCUGGCCUGUGCCAGUGUCCAAUGUGUAAGGACAUGUUUUACAGAAGACCUGAGCUCAAAAUCAACACAACACUCAGAGAUGUUGCAGAUCAUUUUAAGAGGAUGAGAGACAGAGAUGAGUCCCUUGCUAAGCCUGGAGACGUGGCCUGUGAUGUCUGCACUGGGAGAAAGCACAAGGCCCUGAAGUCUUGUCUGGAAUGUCUGACCGCUUUCUGUGAAACUCACCUGCAGCCUCACAACAGAGUUGCAGGCCUGAAGAGACACAAGCUGAUCAACCCUGUGGAGAACCUGCAAGACAGGAUGUGUAAGAAGCAUGACAGACUCCUGGAACUGUUCUGUAGGACUGACCAGACGUGGGUGUGUACGUUCUGCACUGAGACAGACCACAAGACUCACCUCACCGUCCCGCUAGAGGAAGAGUGUGGACAGAGGAAGGCUCAACUGGAGAAGAUUGAGGCAGAAGUUCAGCAGAUGAUCGAGGAGCGACUGCAGAAGGUUCAGGAGAUCAAACACUCAGUAAAAUUCAGAAAAAGAGCAGCAGAGCGAGAGAUAGCAGAAAGCAUGGAGGUCUUCACUGCUCUGGUGCGCUGCAUUGAGAGAAGCCAGGCUGAGUUCAUUGAGGUGGUUGAGGAGAAGUUGAAAGCAGCAGAGUGGCAGGCUGAAGGGCUCAUUAAAGAGCUGGAGCAGGAAAUCACUGAGCUACAGAGGAGAUGCUCUGAGUUGGAGCAGCUCUUACACACCAAGGACCACCUCCACCUCCUACAGAGCUCCCCACCCCUCUGUAAGCUUCCUCCCACCAGGAAGUGGCCUCAGAAAUAUGUCCACAGUCGGCUGUGUCUGGGAAAUGUAAGGAGAGUUGUGUAUCAACUGGAAGACGCUCUUCACAAUGAGAUGGAGAAGCUGCCUGACAUCAAGCUGAAGAGGAUGCAGCAGUAUGCAGUGGAUGUAACUCUGGACCCUGAUACAGCAUUUCCAUUCCUCAUCCUUGCCUCUCUGCUCUGGGACGGGAUGUGAUGCUUGGCAAGAGGAGGAGUCCAGUGCUUUUUACAGAGGAGGGCUUAUCGCACUGCCCCAGAAGCCGCGCGCACAAGCAUAAGUACGCGCAAACACACACACACGCACACUUGCCACCUACUGGGCCCGUUUUAUUAUUUGAAGUCUUUGCUAUUUAAUUACGAUUACCCAGAGGCAGACAUGGCUACAGAAAAGGGUUAACUUGGGACCCGAUGCAAGAGACUCACACACACACACACACACACACACACACACACACACACACACACACACACACACACACACACACACACAGGGCCUGUCCUGGCUGUUCAGCCGCCCUACGCGAGACAAGCUCCUACAAGAAACAGUCCAAGUAAGCAAAAUUACAUUGUAAGACGUCUAAAAUACAUAUUUUUCCAGAUGUUGAAGUUACGUUCAAUAUUGGUUCUGAAUCAAAGACAAAAAUACAUAUUUUCCGGGCUUUGAAAUCAGGUAAAUUUUAGGUUCUGAAUGAAAGUUGAAAAUAGGUCAUUUAUAGACUAUGUUUGUGCCAAAUCAAGGCUGGUCCAGACCAGACAAAAUCUAAACCAAACAAGAUGUCCAAUUAGCGUCAGCAUCGGUCUGUGCAUUUUCAUUUGAAUGGGCGCCAUUUAGGUUAGGCUAUUUGAUCGGAGAAACCUGCAUGAUGUAAAAAAUAUCUGUCACAUUACAUUGUCAUCCAUUUUAUCUCCAGUCUGUAGCCUACAGAAAACGCCAUAUACUCUUUCUACCAUAUCCUAGAUCUGCUACAUGAUUUAUGUUAGAUUCUUUUUUUGCCGUAACAUUGGUGGAGCGCUGCAGAGAUGUGUCUCUCCAACAGCACCCUGGAGAGGCACGCUGGGAACGGACAAUAUCAUUAUUUUGAGUCCCUGCCAAUGACAAAGUGGGCACUGCUUAUCAUAGGGCGGCAUCAGCACUCACCUAAAAAGCCCAUAUGCCACUGUUUGAGAGAAAUUGUCAUUGUUUUUGGCCAGAAUUAAUUAUGUGAGGUAUUAUGUGCUGUUGGAGGUACCGCCUUGGUCUGUUUAGCUCAGAGAAUGCCGCCCUCGUCGAUCUCCCGCCAUAAGAAGACCCAUAAUCCUGCCUAAUGAGAGGGCUGGGUCCUGCACACACCCACACACAAACUCUUCCAGCUAUGACUGAGGGUCGGGUCCUUUGUCCCUACAUCAUGUGGACAUGGUAAUGAUAGAGUUCGAAAGGGUCAGAAACGAUUUAUCCUUUCUUUCCUUCAUUCUUCUGUUCCUCUCUCCUUUUAAGUGUGCAUAAUUGAGUUUGAUUUUCUACUCCUUUUAUGAAAGGCCUCUAAUUGUAUUGCUCUGUAGGAAAAAAGUUCAAAAGUUGACAAAAGACCCUUAAGGUGAUUGACACAAAAGACACAAGUUGAAUUGAAUAUGUGGGCGCGGGUGUGUAUGAGCGCGUACACACUCACCCUUACACCCACGCACCCACGCACACACUCACCCUUACACCCACGCACCCUUCCUCACACUCACCCUUACACAC